AUGUCUUAAUUACCUGAAUUCAAGAUUCCAAAUGUCGUGGAUCCUAAAUUGUGGCCAAAUCCUCGUACUAUGACUCCACAGUAAUUGCAAACAUUCACAUCGUUGGACAUGGUCAAAUUGAACUACACAUUCAAAACUUUGAAGAAAUCAGCACCAUACAUCGUUGGUGUGUUAGCAGGAUGCUUUUUUACAAGUCUUAUUGUUGAUAAAGUUGUGAAAGUACACAUUUUUGGUGAGAAUGGAAAUGGUGGAACACUCUUGCAAAUGAAGACAUACAACAGCAUUGGCGAUUAUACUUACAAUAGAUAAUUCUAGAGAAUGAGAUAUCUCACAGAAAUGCCAGCAGGCGAUGAUCCUCUUGUGAAGACCAGCGAUUAUUUAUUACAUGACUUAGGUGUUACAACUCAAUAAGUUGGUGUUUAACAUGGUAUUGUCAAGAAAGUGCCACACGAUAAGUAUCUAUUGUGAGUAAUACGGCAAAUAUAAUAUAUACAAUAAAUUAAUU